CCCUGAGGGGUCAGUGAGGCCCUGAGGGGUCCGUGAGUCCCUGAGGGGUCAGUGAGGCCCUGAGGGGUCCGUGAGUCCCUGAGGGGUCAGUGAAACCUCAGCUAGAUCCUCUGUCCCAGAGCGCUUCACCUUUAGGAUGUGAGUGUGAUUAUGUAACCAUGGUAACGUCUCUAGCUCCAGUCUGGUUGUCAGGCUGGAGAGUGUAAUUAUUAUUAGUAAUGUACAGAGUAAUACAAUGAAACAUUCAUAUCAUGUGAAUAAUAUAAUACUGGUAUUCAUAAUGAAUGUAGAUAAUGAAUGUGUCCAGUGUGAAUGUGUUCCCUCCUCCGUGGAGGACAUUAGUGUAUCUUUAUCAAAUAACACGACUUUAAACAUUAACUAAUGCAGAAAUACUGUAGGUGAUCUGCAGAAGAAGAAAAGGGGAAAGGUGACGUCACCUCCACCAGAGCCGGUGGCUUCCGUUUUGGAUGCGCGCGCAUGCCCAGUGUGAUUGUGUUCGGAACAGCACCAACAACAAGAGGCCGUGUUGUUAAGAGCGAACCUAGAGCACACCGGAAGGGGGGCUUUAUUUUGAAAAUAACAAACCGGAAGGUGUCGACGCAGCUUGUUGACCAAGUGUCCGGUACUACGGUUCCCUGAGACGCCACAUAGCUCACCGGAGGAGCCACCGGAGGAACCCGCCGCCUCCCCGUCACGGAUUCUGGCUGCUACUCCGUGUGUGUGUGUGAGACAUCACUCUACAGUGUGUGUGUGUGUGUGUGUGUGUGUGAGAGUGAGAGAGAGAGAGACAUCACCCUAUAGUGGGUGUGUGUGUGUGAGAGAGAGAGAGAGACAUCACCCUAUAGUGUGUGUGUAGUGUGUGUUUGUGAGAUGUCUGCAGAGCUGCUGGUAGAAUUGGGUGAAGACCCUCCCACUGCCCAGCUGGGGCAGCUGAAGCUGGCCACCAUCGAGGACCAGCAGUGGCCCAACGACGAGUCCACGCUCAGCAAGUCAGAGACAGACGUGUCUCAGCGUUUUGAUGCCGACUCCCCUCACCUGCCGUGGGACCACCCCUUUUACGACAUCGCCCGGCACCAGAUCAUUGAAGUAGCAGGGGAUGAUAACUUUGGCAGGAAGGUGAUCGUGUUUAACGCCUGCAGGAUGCCUCCUCAGCACCAGCUGGACCACCACAAGCUGCUGAUGUAUCUCAAAGGAACUCUGGACCAGUACGUGGAGAGUGACUACACGCUGAUCUACUUCCACCACGGGCUGACCAGUGAGAACAAACCCUCUCUCAGCUGGCUGAGGGACGCGUACCGAGAGUUUGACAGGAAGUACAAGAAGAACAUCAAGGCUCUGUACAUCGUCCAUCCCACCAUGUUCAUCAAGACGCUGCUGAUCCUCUUCAAGCCAAUCAUCAGCUUUAAGUUCGGCAGGAAGAUCAACUACGUGAGCUACCUGAGUGAGCUGGAGGCCGUGGUGAAGAGCGAGCAGCUCAUCACUCCUGCCCGCGUCAGAGAGUACGACAACAAGCUGAGGGCGUCUCUGAAGCCCAGCGCCCAGCCCCCCCCCUCCCCUCUGCACAGCCCCCCCCUCCCCAACCAGGUGUUCGGGGUGCCGCUCGCUUUGCUGAGUCAGAGGAACCCGGACGGGGACCAGGUCCCUCUGGUGAUGAGAGACACCAUCAGCUUCCUGUCAGCUCAAGGGCUGGAGAUCGAGGGGAUCUUCAGGCGCUCGGCCAACGUGACUCUGGUGAGGGACGUCCAGCUCCGAUACAACUCAGGUGAGGCCGUGAACUUCACGGAGAUGGAGGACAUCCACCUGGCGGCUGUGAUCCUGAAGACCUUCCUGAGGGAACUACCUGAGCCUCUGCUGACCUUCCAGCUCUACAACGACGUGGUCAACUUCAGCUCGGUUUCCAGUGACAACCAGGCGGCCUCCAUGAAGAUGCUGGUGGAGUCGCUGCCAGAGGAAAACACGACUUCCCUCCGAUACCUCAUCACCUUCCUGGCUCAGGUGUCGGCCAACAGUGAAGUGAAUAAGAUGACCAACAGUAACCUGGCGGUGGUGUUUGGUCCUAACCUGCUGUGGGGGCGGGACAACGCCAUGUCACUCAGCGCCAUUGGGCCAAUCAACAACUUCACCAGAAUCCUGCUGGACCAGCAGCAUCUGGUCUUUACCUAAGUGCUGCUCCACCCUCAAACACCAUGCUCAUUAAACUACACUUUAACAUCUCCUGUGGACCAAUGGCAUGCCAUUUAGCUUCUCGUGAGUCUCUGCGUUCCCAUUGGCCCGUUGUCUUAUUGUCUUCUUGUCCUAUUGUCUUAUCAAGCGGUCUGGACUAUCUUCUGGUGGAGCAGGUCCAUGUUAGGCUGCAGCCAUAUAACCCGAACUAUAGAUUAUGAACAAUGCAGUUCCCCAACAUGUCCUCUAGGGCCAUGAACUCAGAGCGAGGGGGAGGUGUGGGUCUCCAUGGAGGUCUCAGCUGGACCUGGUACCAACGAGGUGGACAAUGUGCCAGGAGAACGAGUCAGAACCAUGGAGCAUACCGCAUGCUGCUGUUCAGGGUUCAUAGAUCUCUGGAGGAACCGCUGGUUGGACUUAAUGUCUCACUGCAGACACCACAACUUCUAUCUCUACAACUUCAAGAGAUAGAAGUUCAAGCGAUAGAAAUUCUAGAGAUAGAACUUCUAUCUCUUGAAGUUCUAUCUCGAGAAAUUCAAGAGAUAGAAGUUCACGCGAUAGAACUUCUAGCUCUAAAAGUUCAAUAUAUAGAAGUUUAAGAGAUAGAACUUCUAUCACUAAAAGUUCAAUAUAUUGAACUUCUAUCUCUUGAACUUCAAGAGAUAGAAGUUCUAUCUCUAAAAGUUCAAUAUAUAGAAGUUCUAUCUCUUGAACUUCUAGGGAUAGAGAUUCUAGAGAUAGAAGUUCUAUCUCUAGAUAUCUAUAGAGAUAGAAGUUCUAUCUCUAGAUAUCUAUAGAGAUAAAACAGUGACCUCUGGAGGUUCGACUGCAUGGAUGUAAGGAAGCUUUGACCUUUGUGACCCUGGUCAUUUGUCUUGCUGUAGUUGAUGUGGCCACACUGCAGUUAUCAGUUAUCUUUGUGUUGUAAAGUACUUCAUGUGAGUAUUAAUAUACUAGUAUUAGUAUAGUGUUGUAAUGUUGGUACUUCAUAUGAGAAUGAAGACAACCACAAGCAGUUUGAAUGAGGCUCACCUGAUGACCUGUUGUUGACCUGUCCAUCCCGAGUAACCGGCAUGCUCUUGGUUUGUGUGUGUGUGUGUGUGUGUGUGUCUCAGCUUCUGAAUAUAUAGAGUUGUAUAUACAAACAUAUUUGCAACACAAGUGGUACAAGUAUUUCCUUUGACACUGCAGUCUGUGUGUGUCUGUGUGUGUCUGUGCCUUAUUUGUUCUCCAGUGGUCAUGUGACCAGCCAUCAAAGUGCCGUGUCCCGGUCUCGUCCACUAGGUGGUUCUCUUGUGGUGCUCUUGUGGUCCAGAGUUCUCCAGAAGAACCUCCUCUUCCUGUGUGACCUCACAAAUACCAAAUCUAGAAAGAAGUUGCCAUGGUUGCCACAUUAGAUUCUGAGAUGAUAUCCAUGAGGAUUAAAGUCAGUUUUUUAAACGUUAACAUGUCAACCCAAUAUGUAUUUAUAAUUCUAAAAGGUGAUCAGCUGUGAUCAGCAGGACGGUGUGUGUGUCCUACGUCUCCUCAUCUCUGCUGGUCAUCUGUGGAUCUGUGUAUGUUAACUGUUGUCAUGGUGACAGUGAACUAUAUUUUGUGUUGUUUUGGCUGAUUUAUUGAUAUUUCAUCCAUUACUUUAGAAAUGGUGGAUGUCGUAUAUAUCUGAUUAUCAUGGAAAUAUGCUGUAAUAUCACUGUUGAAACAAUAAACGAUGGUAAACAAGUGUUAACAUA